GUUACCGCGCCGAUUUUUCGACCAUACUUCGGCGGGUACCACGGAUACGUCCGAAUUUAUUGCCCGCAUUAGAAACUUCGCCGAAAAACAGCAACCGACACCAACAACUCUUCACGACUUCCAUUACUUUAGACGGCUCGUUGGUAUGCGACUGCAACACAUACUGGGCAGCACUGGCAUUCAGCAUGAAUCCCUCGCAUGCAAAUUAUGAACCGCAAUGUGAUGGUAAACCUCUCGCUAGUGUGGAUCUCGACAGGCUCACUUGCGAUGACACGAGCGAGGAGUGUGCCGCGCUGCCAGCCAACUGUACGUGUCGCAAGCGCGACGAUAUCGAGCACGGCUCGGUCGUCAUCGUGCGGUGCGUCGGACUCACAGAGUUCCCGCGCCUGCCGCGCCAGCCGGACGCCACUCACAAGUGGCGUCUGCACCUCGCCAACAACAACAUAUCGCACAUCGACGCGGCUGACAUCUUGGAGAACAUCGUGGAACUCGACCUACGGAACAAUUUCAUCAGGAGAGUGGAUGGCGCGACAGCGACGAAUCUGACGUCCGUCCUGCAGCUGCAGCUCGCCGGAAACCCUCUCGAAUGCGGCUGCGAGGCGUACACGAUGCUGAGGGCGUUGCUCGAAGCCAAGUCAUUGGUCGACAAAAAAGACGUUAGAUGCAACGGCACUGGCCAAACAUUGACCGCAGUGACGCCGACGCCGUGUCCGGUGCAAGGAACUAUGUCGGUGCACCAGUUGGUACUCCCGCUGGUACUUCCGCUGGUGGUGUUGCUGGCCAUCGUGAUACUUGCGUACGGUUUCAUCACCCGACCCGCAACACGUUUAUGGAUCAAGUUGUUACUUAUGCGGCUCGGCUGGAUGCCACGACGAUUUGAGCCGGCGGAUGAAGACCGCCUGUACGACGCAUUCGUGUCAUUUGCACACGAGGACGAGGAGCUCGUGGUAGAGCAACUAGCGGCGCGGCUCGAGAGCGGCCCGCAGCCAUACCGGCUGUGUCUGCACUACCGCGACUGGGCGCCGGGCGAGUGGAUCCCGGCGCAGAUAGCGGCGUCGGUGCGCGCGUCGCGGCGGACCGUGGCGAUCGUGUCGACGCACUACCUGCAAUCGGACUGGGCGCGCGCUGAGUUCCGGGAAGCGACCGCGGCCUCGCUGCGGGACGGCACACCGCGGCUCGUCGUUGUGCUACUGGACGACCCCGACCGGCUGAUGCUCGAGGCCGACGCCGAGCUAAGCGCCUACGUGCGCCACAAGGUGUACGUGCGGUGGGGUGACCCCUGGUUUUGGGAGAAGAUGAAGCAAGCGUUGCCACUACCGCGAGGACGCCAUCAAAAGAAGGCCCUCUCGUCCACCGCGCCUGUCCCAGACAUCUCGCUCACGCAGGCGAGCCGGGAGACUGUCCCCGCUCCGGCCCCCGUGCCGGCGUCUCACUCAAAAGACUUCGACAAGCCACUGCCGCACGUGACUCCGUGCUCUGCUUGAAUUGUUUUUGCGUGACGCGUGAUCCGCGGUGAAAGGUGCCGUAUAUGCCACUGCCAAGUGUCCAUUAGUACUCGGUAUAAUCAUCAUUUUUCAGAAUACAUUAAAUCCACCUCGCCGACAUCUAGUCACGGUAUUCAAUCGAUGUGCUUUUCGUGCA